AGUCGAAUUUUAAUACCAAUACGGUCGCAGCCAAAACUCGCAGUAGUAAGCAAGCAGUAAGCAAGACCAAGAGAACUCUUCUGGUUAGAGUAUCCAUUUUGAUCACAUUUAAUCAAAACACAAACUAAAUAUGGCAGAUAUUGAAGAUACUCAUUUUGAGACUGGUGACUCUGGAGCCUCUGUCACAUAUCCUAUGCAGUGCUCUGCACUUCGCAAAAAUGGAUUUGUCAUGUUGAAAUCCAGACCUUGCAAAAUUGUGGAGAUGUCCACUUCUAAGACUGGCAAGCACGGUCACGCCAAGGUCCAUCUUGUUGGUAUCGAUAUCUUCAGUUCCAAGAAGUAUGAAGAUAUCUGCCCAUCCACACAUAACAUGGAUGUACCAUUUGUCAAGAGAGAAGAUUAUCAGCUCACAGACAUCUCUGAUGAUGGUUACCUGUGCUUGAUGGCUGAUAACGGAGACUUGCGCGAGGAUCUCAAAAUUCCUGAUGGUGACUUAGGUACUCAGCUCCGCGCUGAUUACGAUGCUGGCAAAGAGCUACUGUGUACUGUACUGAAGGCCUGCAACGAGGAGGUAGUAAUUGCUAUCAAAACCAAUACUGCCCUCGAUAAAUAAUUGUGUUCAGUUAAAAUAAAUGCUUACUGCCCAGCCGAACAACAUCUUUUGGUUAAUAAGCAUUAAGUCAACUAUCAACUUACAAUAAAUUUGACAACCAAGAACCACCAACUUUUUUUAUCAAAGUAACAUCCUUAAUACUUUCAUACAAUUAACCGAAAGGAAAACUAAAGAGCAUAAAGUUUCUAAUUAUUGUAAGAUUGAGCUUACAUAUAAGUUUGCAUAUCUCAGUCUUAGAAACUUUUUACACUAAAAUACACAUGUUGUUUGUUAUACAUGAUAUAUGCAGCAACUACAUCGAAAGAUUGAAAAAUGGAAAUAAAUUGAAAAAAGCCUUUACACAAAAA